UGCUAUUUGCCUAAAAGGAAUUCUAAAGGGAUUUGCUUUCUCUUGUUUCACGAGCCCCACGUUUUCAUACUGACCUAAGUGGAUGUACACCAGCUGGUCAUGUCCAUCACAGUAGCCAAGUCUGAGAAUUCCUGAUUAUACUUAGAUCCUAUAGAGUCUGCAGCAGGGACGGUCAGUAGCUGAGGAACUUCGUAACAAACCACGGUUUAAAAUGAAACAGGCAGGGAACCUGGUGCAUUUUGCCUAAAGGAACCGGCAUUUUCCUGGAUUAACUAUGAAAGACUUAAUAAACAUUCCACUUUUACAUAUCUUCACCCUGGCGGCCUUCAGCUUAGCCGAAAAACUUCCAAAAGCUCCCCUUAUUACCACUCCUCCGGAAACAGUAGAUGCAUUAGUAGAAGAAGUUGCCAAAUUCAUGUGUGUGGUAGAAUCCUAUCCUGAGCCAGAGAUUACCUGGACACGUAAUAACAUUCCCAUCAGGCUGUUUGAUACAAGAUACAGCAUACAAGAAGAUGGGCAACUCCUGACCAUCCUGAGUGUGGAGGACAGCGAUGACGGAGUGUACUGCUGUACUGCUGACAACGGAGUUGGAGCAGCUGCUAAAAGUUGUGGGGCUUUGCAAGUGAAAAUGAAACCUAAAAUAACACGUCCUCCCAUAAAUGUAAAAAUAAUAGAAGGAUUGAAGGCUGUUCUGCCAUGUACUACCAUGGGGAAUCCAAAACCUUCUGUAUCAUGGAUCAAGGGAGAAAAUGUUGUAAAGGAAAAUGUUCGAAUUGCAGUCCUUGACUCAGGGAGCUUAAGGAUUCAUAACGUUCAAAAAGAAGAUACAGGGCAAUAUCGAUGUGUAGCAAAGAACAGCCUUGGCGCAGCCUAUUCAAAACCUGUAACAGUAGAAGUGGAAGUUUAUGCCAGAAUCCUGAAGGCUCCUGAAUCCCACAAUGUCACCUUUGGGUCUGUGGUGACUCUGCGGUGCACAGCUACAGGCAUUCCAAUUCCCACUGUCACAUGGCUUGAAAAUGGAAAAGCUGUUUCUGCAGGGUCAAUAGUUGAAAGUGUAAAAGACAGAGCAAUCGACUCCAGACUGCAAGUGUAUGUCACCAGGCCGGGCCUGUUCACUUGCAUAGCCACUAACAAGCACAGCAAAGCAUUUGGCACUGCAAAAGCAGCAGCGACUAUCAGCGUGUCAGAAUGGAGCAGACUGUACAAGGGUGAUGCAGGCUACUGCAGCACAUACAGAGGUGAGGUGUGUAGUGCUAUCUUGGUGAAGGAUGCUCUUGUUUUCUUCAACUCCUCCUAUGCUGACCCAGAGAAGACCCAAGAAUUGCUUGUGCACACCGCCUGGACGGAACUGAAAACAGUGAGUUCAUUCUGCCACCCAGCCGCUGAAUCACUGCUGUGUAACUACAUCUUCCAGGAGUGCAACCCUUCAGGAGUUGGACCGGCUCCAAAACCUGUGUGCAGAGAGCACUGCCUUGCGGUGAAGGAUCUCUACUGCUUUAAGGAAUGGCUUGCAAUGGAGGAAAAUUCCCAGAAGGGAAUUUAUAAGCCUGGACUAAUGCUGCUGACUCUUCCUGAAUGCAACAGGCUUCCCAGCCUACACCAAGACCCCAAGGCCUGCACUAGGAUUCCAUACCUUGAUUUUAAGAAGGAAAAUAUAACCACAAAGUGCUACAAAGGCAAUGGGCGGUUCUACCAGGGUCCUGUCAAUGUCACAGCCUCCGGUGUUCCUUGUCAGAGGUGGAGCGAGCAGGCACCCCAUUUGCACAGAAGGACCCCUCAGGUUUUCCCAGAGCUCUUCAAUGCCGAAAACUAUUGCCGUAAUCCAGGAGGUGAGAAUGAGCGACCCUGGUGUUACACAAAGGAUCCCUCUGUAAACUGGGAAUACUGCAGUGUUCCUCUUUGUGGAGAUGCCUUCUUUACACAAGGAACUAAAAACCCAAGUGCAGAGACUCCAAAUCUCCCUCCUCCUCCUUUCUCCCCUACAUACUCCAUGACUGUCAUUAUUUCCAUCAUCUCCAGCUUUGCACUGAUAGUGAUCUUCAUUAUUGUUGCUCUUAUUUGCUUCCGGAGAAGAAAACAAUGGAAAAACAAAAAGAGGGAAUCAGAGGCACCAGCACUUACAACUCUUCCCUCCGAGCUCUUACUGGACAGACUUCAUCCUAAUCCUAUGUACCAGCGUAUGCCACUUCUCCUGAAUCCUAAAUUGCUCAGCCUGGAAUAUCCAAGAAACAACAUUGAAUAUGUGAGGGAUAUCGGAGAAGGAGCAUUUGGAAGAGUCUUUCAAGCAAGGGCUCCUGGAUUGCUUCCUUAUGAGCCAUUCACUAUGGUGGCAGUGAAAAUGCUGAAGGAAGAAGCAUCAGCAGACAUGCAGGCUGAUUUCCAGAGGGAGGCAGCUCUCAUGGCAGAAUUUGAUAACCCAAAUAUUGUCAAACUUUUAGGGGUGUGUGCUGUUGGGAAACCAAUGUGCCUGCUGUUUGAAUACAUGGCCUAUGGGGAUCUCAACGAGUACCUGCGUGACCGCUCACCUCGCAACCUCUGCAGCCUGACGCCCGGUAACUUUGACACCAGAGUCCGGCUCUCUAAUCCACUCGCUUUGUGCUGCACUGAUCAACUCUGCAUUGCCAAACAGGUGGCAGCUGGCAUGGCUUACCUCUCAGAACGCAAGUUUGUCCACAGGGAUUUAGCCACCAGGAAUUGUUUGGUGGGAGAGAACAUGGUGGUAAAAAUUGCUGACUUUGGUCUCUCAAGAAAUAUGUAUUCAGCAGACUAUUACAAAGCCAAUGAAAAUGAUGCUAUUCCUAUACGCUGGAUGCCGCCAGAAUCCAUAUUCUACAACCGCUAUACAACUGAGUCUGAUGUGUGGGCCUAUGGUGUGGUCCUAUGGGAGAUUUUUUCCUAUGGCAUGCAGCCAUACUACGGUAUGGCUCACGAGGAGGUGAUCUACUACGUGAGAGAUGGCAACGUUCUCUCGUGUCCCGACAACUGCCCUUUGGAGCUCUACAACCUCAUGCGCCUUUGCUGGAGUAAGCUGCCUUCUGACAGACCCAGUUUUGCCAGCAUCCAUCGCAUUUUGGAGCGUAUAUAUGAGAGGGCGGUGGCUGCUCUUCAUGUGUGAGCUGCAUACAGCAGUGUAACAUUUCACCCCUUUUCCCUGCCCUGUUCUUGGUGAUUCAGAUCAAGCAACCUUCAGGGUAAACAGUCAAGCUGGGCCUGGGUAGGUCAGGAAAACAGCAGGAAUAGCUAACAGAACUGUCCAGGCCUAUUGUGAUAACUCAGUCACAACUCCCAAGCUGCAGUUGAAUUCAUGGGGAGUUUUACCUGAGUGAGGACUGCCAAACAGGACUCCAAAGCUUCAAUCUGCUAAGCUGAAAAGGGGAAGGGGAAGAGCAUGCCUCUGCCAAAUAGGAUAUUUGGGAGUUUUGCUUGCAUUAUGAGAGGAUCGUUUUCUUAAGAACAGAAACAGAUUGUUUGUGCAUCAAAGGGCAAAAUCAAAUGUCACCUUCAUAAACAGGAUUUAUCUUCUAAACUAAUCUGCGGUUAUAAGGCUUGGACUCCCUUGGGUUAGAGGGAAUCUUGGUUUUGUUACUGCAAAUUUGUUUAAUAGUUACUAUUCAUAAUUCCUGAGGAACAGCACCAAGGAAAGCAAAACUUUCUGCUGACCCCAGCUUCCCUUUCUUUUCGUCUCUCUUUGCCUUCCUUUUCAUUUCUUUUUGCAGUACUUGGCUUUUAUUCCAUUUUGCCUUCACUGCCUGCGUUCAGAUUUUUUUCUUAAAUCUCUUUUUGUAUUGGUUUCCGUUAAGUUGUCUUUGGUCACAUUCAUUUCCUUUUAAAAGAUAUUUCUUGUGCUUUAUCCCAUUUCUUUCCCCCCAUCAUAUUUCCCUCCUGCCCAUUCAGAGAGAUAAUAUCCGUACACUGUUACACCAUUAGCCCACCAGUGGCUAAUACAUGAUUCUACAGAAGAAAGUAAAUUCCCAUAAUGCACGUAGGCAAACAUUUUCAACCUAAGGUGCCUGAAGUUAGGCUCCUGGAUAACAAUCUUGAUUUACAUACAUGCUGAAGAACCACAGCACUCAAUGAAAUCAGUGGGAGUUUGCUCAGUACAGCUGAAUAGAAAAUGAGGGGCAGAUUGACUUUUUGCCUCACAGGUCUGCAAGGAUGCAUGAGGCAGAGUGAGGGAGGAACUAAACUUCUGCCCAUCCAUCCCUGACUUAUUCUAAUCCCUGGAUUUCUCCCUUUUAUGUAUCCUGGGUAAAAAGAUAUCACAUAGGAGUAGAGGCCAUGGCCCUAUCCAUGGGCUGGGGAAGUAGGCCAGGCACACAGGAGGGAGUACAUGGACUUCCCUGAUUGAAUACAGCAGCAGAAGUACUCAUCCAGGAUGCUGGAUUCCCUCGGAGGGACUGUUGCUUCUCCAAGAUGGAAUUCCUCCUUGUGAUUUCUGUAGGGGGGUAGUUCUCUAUAACCCCCAGUGCAGAGCUGAUCCUUAUAAGCACACUCCAGCCCUUAAUAAGGAGUUUGGUAUUUUGGCCCUUUCAGUUUCACCUCACAUAUAUAAUUGAUCUGAUGAAGAGACCAACAACAUCUCAGCAGACUGGCAUCACAUUGUAAAGGGAAGAAUUUUAGACAAAUGUCCAGCUUGUUUCAUCAUUAUGUCUCACAAGGGCAAUCUGGGUGGUAGCUUAGAGAAGAUAAUAAUUGUACUGGAGAGAAUGCUGGGUGGGACUUUAUCAGUCACCCUGUAAUCCAGUUAAGCCCUUAUGAAAUACUCUGUUUGUCUGAGAAUUUGCACCAAAAAAAAAAAAGCGUUCUCUCCAUAUCUUUAAAGCCACGGUUCAAAGUCAUGAUUAGUUUCAACACACAUACAUUUCUCGUGUGCAGAAGCAGCCCUGAAAUACCUUUAUACUGUUACAAUUUUUGUCAGUGGAUGCCAGGUUGCGUAAUUCUUGUUAGCCUUUUAAUUAUAACUUCAUUCUGAGUUUCUUGCAACCUCCUGUUGAGGUCAAUGAGAGUUCUGCGAGCAGAGAAAAGGCAGGGCUAAGUUAUAACCCCGUUUCCUGAACCGCUUUUAUUGUCUGAUUGAAAACAACAGUGAUUAUAUUUUUCAGGUAUUAAUAAGAGGGUUUUGGAAGACUAGGCUCAAAAGCUAGAGUGAUAACAUUGCGUUUUGUGAGAGUCUCACAGCUUGGGCCAAGCAUGGUCCCAUCUGAAAGCAGUGGCAAAAUUAACAUUGCCCACAGCAAGAGCAAUUAAACAAAAAAAGCCCUAAAUUAAGAUUUAGGAGAUUUAGGGUUCUCUUGGCCACUAGCCUACUUGGUGACCUCAGGCACAAAAAUCAAGCUACUUCCCUGUUUCUUGUGGUAUCUUUUAUUCUUGCCUCUGUAAAAUGAGAAUACUGAUCUUAACCUCCUUCAUUAAACAUGUUGCGGGAUGAAGGGAUCUAUAUAUUACACUACAUUAAUCCUAAUUUAAAUUCACAAAAUCAUAUGUCUUCCAGAUAGUGGUGAAUAUCAACUCCUCGUGGGAAGUUCCAGAGCAGGGUUUUCAAGUUAAUUCUGUAGUGACAAACAAAUUCAGUUCUGGUCCAUGGGUCAGGCUCAUCUAUUCCCCUUAGCCUGCAGUGGUUUGCACAAAAAUCAAGGGUAAAAAUACAGCAGUUAGACUUAUUAUCAGUUAUUAUCACUAUUCCUUACUAGAUCAACCCUUUAUUUUUACAGCCACAAAUUCUAUGAGAAAAUACAUUCUCCUUUAUGAACUCACAUUUAUAUAUUUUCUUUUAGGAAAAUAGUCUCCUUUAGCAUUAUCUCCCCCUCCCCCCUACCUGCCCAUCCUUUUUUCUUUCCUAUUCCCCAAUGUGUUCAGACUUUGUAUGUCAGUCAGCAGCUUCUGUCCUACCUCCAUUGCAAAUGCUUCUAUAAACAAGUGUAAUCUAAGACUCUCCCUUCUCCAAAGGUAUCAAGAGUGGAUUUCUGGAGAGCCUGUGCUAUGUAUAACUACUCUAAACAGCAUUAAUACAUUUAAAGCUUGAGGGAUUUAAAUUCAUUUUCUGUCUCUGAGAUUCCCAUGUUGACUUCAGCUGAUCCCUUUUACUCUUUCCCCUCUGUCACCUGAUCAAGAUGUUCUGAGAUACUAAUACAGUUUUCUUGAUGCUUUCCUGAUCUUACUUGUAGCCUUUAGAGUUAAAAAUCCUAUAAUGUCACAUGCUGUACCCUUUCCCCACCUCUCAUCAGGAAAAAAAAAGAUUCCUACAACAUUGGAAUGACAGCCCUGUUCAUUGCACUUUCCUGGCCAAGUCCUCCUCUCGGUGACAGUAUUUGAGCUUCAUAAAGGUCAAAGGGAAUGUGUCCAAGGGUGUAUGAGAGGAGAACUUGGUUUUCCUUGUCCAGCAUUCCAGCCUUUGCAAUAUAAGAGUGAACUAUAAAUGUACUGCAGUUAGUGCCCCUUCAUUUAAAUGCUGCAUAGAAUGGUUUAACCCUCUUGCAUGGGGAAAAUCAAGUUGUUCAUAGUAAAACAUCCCGCAUGCAUUCUUCAUGGGUGAAAUUCAACCCUGUACAGAAGUACAGGCCCUAGGCAUCACCUAAAUGAUGCCUCCUUUUGAAAGUUUUAAGCAGGGCACAGACCUUGCACCUGUCUCUGCACUUGGGUGAAUUUUUCCCUGAGGGUUUCCUCCUGUUGUAUAUUUUUCCACCUGCUCUACAGAAUUUGCCUUCUGUCAGAGGGCUUUCCCUUCAUGUGAGAGUUCUGCUCUGUCAGUGUAUGUUCUCCAAUUUACCACAACGUUUUUGUUUUGGAUAGACAAUAGGGCUCUGCUUAAAACAAACUGAAGAUAAAACUGUUUUACAGUCUCUAAUAUGGAUUGAAGUGUUUUCACAGAAGAGAGCAAAGUAUCAGGAUAGAAUUUUCUAAGGCCCUCUUCCAAAACCCAUUUGAGUACAAGGGAGUCUUCAAUUGAUUUCACUAGGCACUGGAUCAAGGCCUAAAUCAGUAGGGGUAGUUUUGCAUCAUCAUGUUUGCCAAGAGCAUCCCCUUGUCAGGAGUCUUCUCUAGAGCACUCAUAGUAUAUAUGAAAUUUUACUACUAAGGACAUAUGGUAUGAGGUGAUUACCUUGACACAACAAGGGGUGCAGAAAUCCACUCAUUCAUAUUUUCAUAAAUCUUUUAAAAGAGAUAUAAUAAAAUUUAUUUUACAUGCUUGG